ACUUCAAGCGGACCAAGUCGCCAGCCGCUCCACUCCGAAGCUCCAAAACUCGAACCGUUCGGGGAUCGCACAUUUGGUGGUAUUACGACGGUAUUUCGGUAUUGCCCAACAUUCGGCGGCCAUGAAUCUCCGGUACAUCUGCACAGUCACCCUUCUCCCGACGCUCUGCGUUCUGCUGCUGCUCCUCCUGGAGUUCGUGGAGGAGGGUCUGGCCCAGAACUCCGAUCCCCUCUUCGAACUGCCCGUCCAGCUGGUCGGAUUCCCAGUAAUCGUGCUCUCCGUCCGCCUGUCCCAGUUCGCCAAGAAGCUGGCCUACUCCCUCAGUCCCAGUACAUAUAGAUCUCGCAGCAGAAGGGACACAACUCACCCAGUAGCCCUUGAUGCUGAGCUGGCCCAAAAGCAGAUCCUGCUCGAGUUUGGACCCCAAGCCUGCAUCCUGGAGGAGCCAUGCCGCCUCCACGCCUCCCGCCAUUUGGGAAGUAGCGAACGCCGGUUGCCCGGCGAUGGAAAAGCGAAACCACAUGCCGUCUGGUCGGAGGUCUUGAGGAACUACAAAGUGCAGUCGGACGUCAGCGGGAUGAAGCAGUGGUACCUGCUGUCCCUGUUCAUCGGCGAUGCUGUGCGGGAUGUUCCGCUCUGCAAGCAUUUGGCCAAAAGGAUGCCCUGUCCAGGAGUCGGACCUCUGCCACCGCCCCAGCCACGGUGAAGAUCCCGUUCAGGACAUCCUCCUCCGGGGGAAUUCAAGUCGAGGGAGGAGGAACAUGCGGUCGGAGUCCCCUUAGUCAGUCGCAUCGGACAUCUUUGUUAAUCAUCCAUCUUCCGGCACUCGCAUCCAGCAUCCAUGUUCACCCCAUCACUUAGUUGCUUUUAAGGGUUUUAAUUUAAACGAACGCCCGCCAACAGACGUAGGCGCUUAGAUUUAUGAGUAAGCAAAUAAAUAAACAAGCCAGCUGCAAAAAAUCAA